GCCGGAUUUCUUGAAGUUACGGUGCAGAUUAGCAGUGAGACAUUGCGAUGCUUUUGGAGUUGUGGCGUGAUGUGGGCAGCGGAUGAUGUAUGUUAAUGUUCCGCAUUUACCUGUGCGCGUCCCUCGUUCGCCGACCGAGCUGAAGAGCUCGUCGUUUUCGAGGCUUGUGUUGCUGCUACCGUUAAAUAAGCCUAUUUCGGAAUUCCUAGCAAAGCCUGGAGAUGAGAUGACCUGAGUUUUAAGAGACAAGGUCAUGUGGUCCCCCAGUCAUCGCUGAGCACAAUUUCAACCAGAUAUUCCCAAUGAUUUGAUCAGUUCAGUCACACAGUACUCUACAGAAAGGUGCAUGGAGGAGUAAUCAUCGACUUCCAUCAUCUCCUGGACGGCGAAGAAGUUUACAGAGAACUUCCCAAGCUCUUCUGCUUCCAGUGAACACUCUGCACGGGCCCUAGAUGUGAAUCAAUCCCAUGAUGCAACAUGUGUCCCCAGCACCAGCUCUGUCAAUGAUGGCCACCCAGAGUGUGCCGCCACCCCCUUACCAAGAGAGCCCACAGAUGACGGCCACGGCUCAGCAGACUGCUAAGGCCCAGCCAGUCCACCACCCGGCAUCCUCUGCGGCAGCGAACCCUGUCCCUGGUGCACCGAUUGACCCUCAGGCUCAGCUGGAAGCUGACAAGCGUGCUGUCUACAGACACCCCCUGUUCCCGCUCCUGACGUUGCUCUUUGAGAAGUGUGAACAGGCCACGCAAGGGUCCGAGUGCAUUACGUCUGCCAGUUUUGAUGUGGAUAUCGAGAACUUUGUCCACCAGCAAGAACAAGAGCAUAAGCCAUUCUUCAGCGAAGAUCCAGAGCUGGACAACCUGAUGGUGAAGGCAAUCCAGGUCCUGAGAAUCCAUCUGCUGGAAUUGGAGAAAGUAAAUGAAUUGUGCAAGGAUUUUUGCAAUCGGUAUAUCACCUGCCUGAAGACGAAAAUGCACAGCGAUAAUCUGCUCAGGAACGACUUGGGUGGCCCCUAUUCCCCGAACCAGCCAUCCAACAGCAUUCACACACAGGAUCUGUUACAGAACUCCCCCAACUCACUGUCCGGACUAUCCAACAACCCACAGGGAAUCGUAGUGCCGUCCUCCACCCUUCAGCAGAGCAGCCUCUCCAUGACGACCGUCAACUCCUCGCAGGUUGUAUCAGGAGGUGCACUUUACCAACCAGUUGCAAUGGUAACAUCCCAGGGACAAGUAGUAACUCAAGCUAUCCCCCAAGGAGCAAUCCAGAUUCAAAAUGCACAGGGAGAUGUGAAUCUGAUGAAUAUAAAGCACAUUUCAUACUCCGGCUUCUCUGCUGUCCCACAGGUCAAUCUGGAACUGACCUCUCUGCUUGACGGGGAAGAUAAAAAGUCUAAAAACAAGCGCGGAGUCCUCCCGAAGCACGCCACCAACAUAAUGCGCUCAUGGCUUUUCCAGCACCUAAUGCACCCGUACCCAACAGAGGAUGAGAAGCGGCAGAUCGCAGCACAGACAAACCUUACACUAUUGCAAGUCAACAACUGGUUCAUUAAUGCUCGGCGGCGCAUCCUGCAGCCAAUGUUAGACGCCAGUAAUCCUGACCCAGCACCGAAAGCAAAAAAGAUAAAGUCUCAGCACCGGCCAACCCAGCGGUUCUGGCCCAACUCAAUUGCAGCUGGAGUGUUACAGCAACAAGGCGUGUUACCUGGGACCAACCCUGACGGUUCCGUGAACCUCGACAACCUGCAGUCCCUUUCUUCGGACGCUCUGUCCAUGCAGCAGGCCAUGAUGAGCGCACAUGACGACUCGCUGGAUGGAACAGAAGAAGACGAGGAGGAGGAGGAGGAGGAGAUGGAAGAAGAUGAGCUGGAGGAGGACAGUGAAGAUCUCCAGACAACAAAUGUUAGUGACCUGGGCUUAGAACAAAGUGACUCCCUGGAGUAGCGAACUGGUGACCACAAUAGACAUGAAACCUCAGCCUGGGAUUAUUUGUAAUGGCCGCUGGUUUACCUAAAUGACUGAAGCCCACAGGCUGCACAUGCUUGGAGUAAUGUCCGCCCUCUGCACACUGUGGUGAACCAGAGCGGGGCCAUUCACCUCUCCCAUAAACACUACGGACGAGUAAGGCUGAGACUCCUGUAAAAUGCAAUUUCUUGUUCCGGUCUUCAAACAGAAGGAUGUAUACACAGUCGUCUCCCUCCCGGGCCCAUGUCUGGGGGCGGCUGCUCCCCGGCUGUUAUUUAAGUGACGGACACAUGUUUACAGCGCCACAUGUUGUGGCCACAUUGUUUCCCGUUUUGUUUUUUAAGAACUGAACAUGUUUUUAGGUCAAGCUUUUUUUUUUCUGUACUAUGGAGACUGAAUGCUAUUGAAAUGUUUUCCCCUCAUCUGUAUCUAUAAGAUAUGCUGGACAGCCGCGUGUGGAUCUAUAUGGAUAAAACGAUUCAUCUCUAGGACUUCAAAAAAGACAAAAAAAUAACCCCACAUUUGUGUGUACCACACUCCCCCGAUCUCUCAGAUAACGGACUAUUAUCAGACUCAUCUAUUUUGGCAAGUGAACUGUUUUAUGAAAUUUCCAUAUAAACAGAG